UAAACUCAAAUGACCUUGUCUAUAAUUCCGCUGUGUUUAAUACCUGUCAGUCGCAUGAUGGCGCUGAAUUAAUUCCUCUUACCUUUUCAUGGCAUCGUGCCUCUUCCGGGUUUGUCGUUGACCGGUGAGAGUUCACAGGGCGUGUGGGGUUCGUGUUGUGCUUUUAGCUAGUAUUUUUUUUUUUAGCUAGCUGGGACUCGUGAUGUUAUGGCUUUCCUGAGUUUGUUCAUGAGAAGGCAGUUGCCGCCGGCCGUGUCCCACUUUGUCCGGAACGUGAAGCUGGUCCGGCCUCCCUGCGCCGGAGCCCCGCGGCGGAGGCUGCACGGCUCGUCCCGGCUGCGGCUCGGAGACAAGGGACCGUGGGUGAAGAGCAGGGGGCCGGAGCAGCAGCAGUACCCGCUCACAGACCUCGACAAGGCGGACGCUUUGAUGCUGAGAAAGUCCCACGAGACAGGAUUCCUCUCGUGGUUCAGAAACGGUCUGCUAGCGACUGGGAUUGGAGUCAUCGCAUUUGUCCAGAGCGAAGUGGGACGAGAAGCAGGAUAUGCCUUCUUUAUCCUGGGAGGUGUGUGUGUGUCGUUUGGCGGUGCCUCGUACAUUGGCAGCCUUUUUACCUUGCGGAGGAUGAUGCUGCUGUCUGUGCCAGCGCUGCUGCUCCAGAGCGCCACGGUGUGCAGCGUCGCCCUCUUCUGGCUCUGUGCGGUAUCUCUCUACAUCGGCCGCCUGGAGGUGGAGAUCAUCCACGAGGGGGAGGAGGGAGAGGAUGAGGAUGAGUGCCGGGAGUGCCGCGAGAGGCGCGAACACCGGGGUUACCGUGGCUCCCACAACAGCAGACAUCACGACAGCGAGGACAGUGAUGGCAAGGGGCCGAACAAGUAGACACCUAGUAAGAGAUCUUGGAUGGAAAGGACGCAUGUGUGGCUUUGAUUCAGGGCUUCCCCUUAUUUGUAUGUCUGUAUGCGUAUGUUUGUGUGUGUGUGCACACACACGUGCAAGCAGCCUACAUGUUCAUGUGUAGGCUGCGAGUCUAUAAUGAUACAGACUUAUUGUUUAUUGUUAUGUUGAUGUAAAAAUGAUUGUUUUGCUGAAGAACUUUUAGACCUUUUGGAAAACUGGUCAGAAAAUGCUGAGGAUUUGGUAGUUUGACUACAUUCACUUUUGGUGAAUAAAUCAGCCUUUUUGUAAGAUUUCUUGGAUAUAUUCAAAGCUGCUUCACUUACAUUUUCAAACUGUGAAAAUGGUAUUGAUUUAUCAGGCACACUGCAAGGACUUGCUGAGAACAUCAUAUCUGUUAAUUAGUUUAGUUUUCACUGCUGUCUGCAAUCAUUUUAGACCAUUUAUCUUAUCUUGUUCAGCAUAAUAAACUGAUUGACUUGAAGUUUUCUUAAAAUAAAGAGAAAGAAAUAAAACAAGUUGGUUGUGAAAUGCUAGAAAGAAUGGUCAUAAACUAUGUGCGUGAUUCAGGUUUGUGGUUUUUUUUAAAUUUUUUUUUAUCAAUGAGGGCUUACGAUAAUUUAUUUUACAGGAGGUUUAAGUCACCCUGUGAUGUCAUUUUUGUGUAAGCAAUAGCGCUUUUUGUGUUUGUCACUAUAGAAACUCUUUUGGAAACUAUUUCUCAUAGAUGUUUAUGUGGUUAUACAUUUGGCUCUGUAUUGUUGAUAUAUGUACAGUACCUAAUUGUAACCAUACCCAUUUUACCUUUUGAGUGGAUUUCACUCCUGGUAAUCACGAUAUUUGCUGUUUUAAUGUAAAGAAUGAUUGAAAGUUGGUGAGUUUGAGUUUGUGUGCGCAAAAUUGGGUUCACUAUAGUUUCUGUGUGCACCACUUUCAGUGCACCGGAGUGUACAUACAGUAAUAAAGCGAGAAGAAAUCUGUGCUGACAGAGUCAAAAGUUCA